UUUGCUAAUCAAUCUCUAUUUCCAAAGGGGUGCAAUAUUUCCUUUCCAUCUAUAUAUACAAUACUUCUCUUGACUUUCAACCCAUCAACAAGCCUUCAACAUAUUCUUUACCUUUCCUGAUUUUAUAUUCUUUCAUUACUACUCAUCUCAUUCUAACUCAAAAAGGUUCAUACAAUGGCCAUUCGCCAGAUUCUAAGACGUUCUUUGUCCAAUGAAAGAAGGUCCGCUGAAGUUCCAAAAGGCCAUGCUGCAGUCUAUGUCGGUGAUAAUGAAAAGAAGCGCUUUGUGAUUCCAGUCGUGUACUUGAACCAUCCUUCGUUUCAAGAAUUGCUUUAUCAAGCGGAGGAAGAAUUCGGGUUCAAUCACCCGAUGGGUGGCCUCACCAUCCCUUGCAGCGAGGAUUUAUUUGUAGAUUUCAUUUCUGGUUUGAGCAGAAGAUGAUUUAUAGCAAUAGUGUUUUAAGAGUAGAAUUUUGUAGAUUUGAAAUGUAUACACGGAGAAUACAUUAGAAUGUACGUGAAACAUAUUAUUCAAAGAAAGUUUUUUUCCUUAAUUCA